AUGUCGGCUUCCAACAAGGUCCGUGUCGCUGUCACCCAACACGAACCCGUCUGGCUGGAUCUGCACGCCACCGUGGAUAAAACCUGCCGUUUGAUCGCCGAGGCGGCGGGCAAUGGCGCCCAGCUAAUCGCUUUCCCCGAAUGUUGGCUUCCGGGGUAUCCAGCAUGGAUCUGGUGCCGCCCCGUCGACAUGGGCCUGUUCACCACUUACCUCAAGAAUUCCCUGUCGUAUGACUCGGAGCACAUGCGCCGCAUCUGCAAUGCCGCUGCCCAGUACAAGAUCACCGUCGUCCUGGGUUUCUCGGAGCGCGAUGGCAACUCCCUCUACAUCGGCCAGUGCACGAUCGAUUCCACUGGCAAGAUCGUGAUGCGUCGGCGCAAGAUGAAGCCCACUCACAUGGAACGCACCGUGUUCGGCGAAUCUUCCGGGCGGAGUCUCCUGAACGUCGUCGAUCUGCCAAUUGGUAAAGUGGGUGCCCUCUCGUGCUGGGAACACAUCCAGCCAUUGCUCAAAUAUCACACCAUGAUUCAAGGGGAGGAAAUCCAUGUCUCCGCCUGGCCAGUUCUACAUCCCCAUAUGGGGGGCGAGUCACUGUGGGGCAUGUCGCAGGAAGGUAAGUUUCCAUCCAUAAUCAGCAAGAUCUACCGCGGAAAGCUGAGAUAUGUUCCAGGUGGAAUGGGUGCAUCCCAGGUAUAUGCGCUCGAGUCGGCGUCAUUCGUUCUGCUCGCGACCGCAGUGCUGGGUCCCAGCUGCGUGGAGAAGAUGAACCUGUCUCCGCCGUGGGAUACCCUGGGAGGAGGCGCGUCUGCCGUCAUCGCCCCCGAUGGUCGCCGGCUGACGGAGCCAUUGCCCCCUAAUGAGGAAGGAUUCAUCUACGCAGAUGUGGAUCUGGAUGUAAUCUUGUCGUGUCGACACUUUGUGGAUGCCUGUGGCCAUUAUAGCCGUCCCGACCUGUUGUGGCUGGGGGUCGACACGCGCGAGAAAACACCACACCGACCGGAGGGACAGGGAGACAAUACCACAAGUAAUCUGGAUAGUAGCCCAGCUCUUAUGGAGGAGGAAAGUGCCUGA